AUGAAUGAUCCAUCACAGCAGCCUUUAUUGACAGCCAUUCGAGAUCGCCUAUCCGAUAAAAUACCGAACCAACUGAAUACAGAUUUUCAUUUGAUGCGAUGGCUGAAGGCUUAUGAUCAGAACGUUGAAUUAUGUGCAAGUAAAUUUGAAGAAUACCUCAAGAUGCGCCAGACCUUGGGUUAUAAUUCACCAAACGCUACACAAAGUUUUUAUCAGCGAGAUGAUAUUCAGAAGUAUGGUCGAUUUUUGACACAAUCACGACUAACAAACGAUUGGAUAAAUGAAAAGGACAAUUCGAUCGUUUUCGUUGAGAUGCCUUUUGAGGAACCCAAAAAAAUAAUGAAAUGCAUGCGUGUCUCAAGCUACUUGAAAAUAUUUUUUGGUUAUUGUGAAUAUUUUCAAAACGCAAUACUGGAACAAGAGGAGCGUACCGGUCGUCAGUCGUACGGUAUUUGCAUAUACGACCAAAAAGGUUCCUCGUUAGUGCCGUAUAUGAAUCCGAUUGGAGCAAUCAAUAGGAUGCUAACAGCACGCAUCUACUUAUGGCUCGAUUACUACAGUGAAUUAGUGAAAAAUGUGAUUAUCGUUAAUCCACCAACACUUCUUCCAGUCAUAUGGAAGAUCGCAUCAAUGUUGCUACCAACAAAAGUGCAUAAUCGUUUUUUAUUCGCUAAAAAACUCCCUGAUCAAUUAUUACCCCAUCUAUCGCUACAAGCGAUACCAAUUGCUUAUGGAGGCGAGUAUAAAACGUCAUCAAGUACGGAUGAAUCUGGCGAGACGAUGACAAAUGGAUGUAUUCGAGCUGUACCAAUUUCAGAUGUUGACUUCCAGGAUUGUGGUCAAAUUUGGAAAGAUUAUUCGUUGGAAGAUGUUGAAUUAAGCGAAUUGGUCGUUCGUGCUGAUGAAACGUCACGUCUUCAAUAUCAAGUCAGUAAGGGAAAAUCAAUUUUAUACGAAUUCUGGACGAAUUCUGAUGUAAAAUUCUGGAUAUCACAAGGAGAUACGGAUCUGACACCAAGAUUUACGCUGUCAACACCGAAGUUAUCUGAAGAGGGGUGCGAAAAAUCAAUUGAUGAUGGAGAAAUUUUUGUGAACUUCACAAAUCCGAGUAAAGUGUUCAGCGCAAAGAUACGCUUGGCUGUAAGAAUUGUAUAG